CUUCAGGAGUGUUGCAACCUCUCUGCAGUGACCAUUUCAAGCUCAAUGGCAGUUCGCAUCCUCCACAACGACUACCCACACCGGUCCGUCGCGCUCGUCAGUCCAUCCUACACACUCGUCUUCCACCAUUCCAGCGGGAACACCAAAACCUCGGAGUCCAAAUGCGCCGUCGAGUUCUCCGCGACGGAGAAUGUCGACCUGGCGGACUAUAAUGUCCUCUCAAACCAGCCGUGUCUGGGAUGCCUCGGUAUCAUCAAUAUCGGACGGGAUACGUUCCUGUGCACCAUUUCGCUGUCGAGAGAGGUCGCGCAGGUCCGCCCGGGGGAGAUGGUGUAUCGGAUCCUGGGGAUCGAGUUUCACUGUCUCAACCGCAGCGACUACGACAAUUUCCUCGAGAACGAGAUCAAUCCGUAUCCGGUCGAGAGCGACGGCUGGGACCAGGGGCGAUCGCAGCAGCCGAUAGGUGUCGAGCACCCAUGUCUCGCCUUGAAAAAACUCCUCAGCGACGGAACGUUCUACUACUCUGGCGACUUCGACCUGACCAGUCGCCUACAGGACCGCUCGAUCUCGCUCGAUGACUUCGAUAUCGGCUCGUUUGAUCCCGGGUUCAUGUGGAAUUCCCACAUGAUUGGGUCGCUGCUGCAGUUUCGCUCGCAUCUGGGUGAUGAGGAGAAGGGCAGGCUGGAUCAUGCCGGCUUUUUGACGUGUGUGAUUAGAGGGUUUGUGGAAAGUCUUACCAUUCAGCGGCCGACCACUAGGAUGGAGGGUAGGAGCCGGGCGACCGGGCUUCCAGCAAGGUUGACGUUGAUUUCGAGACUGAGUUGUCGGAGAGCCGGGACGAGGUUCAAUGCGCGCGGCAUUGACGACGACGGUAAUGUAGCGAAUUUUGUCGAGACUGAGACGGUGAUAUGGAAUCCGUCUUCCGGCCACCCGGCACGGGCCGUCGCAUUCAGUUACUGCCAGAUCCGCGGGAGCAUACCGAUAUUCUGGGAGCAGCAGACGGGGAUCUUGCCGAAUCAGCAGAAAAUACAGAUCACGCGAUCACCGGAGGCGACGCAGCCGGCGUUCGAUAAACACAUUGAGGGGGUGAUACUGAAAUAUGGUUCUGCACAUAUCGUAGAUCUCCUUUCGGAGACCAAAUCCGGCGAGAUCGAGCUGUCGACUAGAUAUAGACUGCACACCCAACACGUGUGCGGUCGCGGGAAUGACAAAACUAUCCGGGAUCUACUGCGUAGCACUGAGUAUGACUUCCAUGCACAAACCAAGGGGCCGGCUGGGUACGAAGCGGCCAGUCAGAUCCGAAGGAUUGUGGAGGACUCCUCGGAUGCGUUUGGAUACUUCCUGAUGGAGGGUGCGUCCGAGGGCGAGGAUGAUCCGAAGGGAAGCUUCGUCGUCGUGUUGCAGCAGGAGGGUGUCUUCAGAACCAACUGCCUGGACUGCCUGGACCGCACAAAUCUGGUCCAGGGAAUACUGAGCAAGUCGGCCGUGGAGGCGUUCUUACAGCAGCGCGCGGAGGUCGUGGGUCAUGACUUUUGGAUGCAGCAUUCGACGCUGUGGGCCGAUAAUGGUGAUGCACUCUCCAAGAUCUACGCCGGCACCGGUGCCCUCAAGUCGAGUUUCACCAGGACGGGGAAGAUGAGUCUUGCGGGAGCUUUCGCGGAUGCCCGGAAAAGUGCCACGCGCGUGUAUAUCAAUAAUUUUGCAGACAAAGAUAGACAGAAUACCAUUGAUGUUCUACUGGGUAGACUUGUGGGCCAGGAACCGGUGUCUCUAUAUGAUCCGGCGAAUGACUAUGUCACCGCGGAGUUGAAUAAGAGAUCCUCCGAAUUCACCACCGAACUGCCGGUCCACAUCUACGCCGGCACCUUCAACCUCAACGGCAAGACCACCGGCAUAGACCAUGACCUGACAGAAUGGCUCCGCCCGCCGUUUCUCAGCGACGUGGAAAAGAAGCCAGAGCUGGUCGUCGUGGGCUUCCAGGAAAUCGUCGAAUUGAGUCCGCAGCAGAUCAUGGCUACUGAUCCCGCCAGAAGAAAGCUGUGGGAAACAGCCCUGCUUAAGUGUCUCAACCGGGAUAACGAUGAUCCGUAUAUCCUGCUGCGAGGUGGACAGCUGGUUGGUGCGGCGCUGCUGAUUUUUGUGCGCUCGUCGGUUAUUGGGGAGAUCAAGAACGUGGAAGGGAGCUUGAAGAAGACCGGCCUGUCCGGCAACGCGGGCAACAAAGGUGCCGUCGCGAUUCGGAUGGAAUACGCCAGCACUCGCCUCUGCUUCGUAACCGCGCAUCUCGCCGCGGGCUUUUCCAACUACGACGAGCGGAACAAAGACUACGCCACGAUCGCCAACGGACUCCGCUUCCAGCGAGGCCGCAAGAUCGAAGACCACGAUGCCGUCAUUUGGCUGGGCGACUUCAAUUACCGCAUUGGACUCCCUGAUGAGAAAGUCCGGAAGCUCGUCGAGAUAGGCGAUCUGCAGACGCUUUACGAUAACGAUCAGUUGCAGAAUGCGAUGGUUGCGGGAUUGACAUUCCCAUACUAUACGGAAAGCAGGAUCAAUUUCGAUCCUACGUAUAAAUAUGAUAUCGGUAGCGAUGAUUAUGAUACCUCUGAAAAACGCCGAAUCCCAGCCUGGUGUGACCGCAUCUUGUGGAAAGGAAAAGGACUGGAGCAAUUGACGUACGGCUGCGCCUCAACAAUAAGAUUUUCCGACCACCGCCCCGUGUUUGCAACGUUCAAAUGCACGGUAUCAGUCGUCAAUGACAUAGUCCAGACACAGCGGAGUAGGGAGUUGUACCUGAAGUACCAGGCAGGCAAAAAAAGUGGUGGUGUAGAGGUGGAGGAUUCGCUGCUAGAUGAUGAAGAGGACGAUCUCCUCGACUUUCAGCCGUUGGCGCCUGGGUUACCUCCGCCGAGUUCCGAAAAGCAAAAAUGGUGGCUCAACAAUGGUCUCCCCGCAAAAUCCACCGUCGCCCCACCGCAAGGAACGGUCCCGAAUCCGCACCGCCCACCCAACCCCUUCACAGAGACGGCAGAGCCCGACUGGGUCAAGAUCGACUCCGCCUCCAUCAAAAAGCCUGUCGCGCCGCUUCCCCCGCCCACAAGAAAACUCCCGCCACCCUACGACCCCUCCGCACUUCCCACCCUCGGUGGUGGUGGGACGGGAAGGCACACAUCCAAUUCCUCCGUCUCCAGCAGUAGUGCGGGUAAAUCCUCAAAACCGCCGAUCCCGCAGAAGCCGUCGGUGUUGCGACGGAAGAGCUUUGAGGGGAAGAACCACAGCUUCGACGGUGGAGCGGGAGGGAUUGGCGAGAGAGAUAUUUACCCGCCCCCACCCCCGAGGAGGGUCAUGACUAUAGGCAUGGAACCGCCGCCAAGCGUGAAGAGGAAACCGCUGCCGCCACCGGGGCUCCCGCCAAGGCCGAGUGUGGAUCUCAUGGGUGGCGAGGAGCCGAUGAUCGGAGGCUGGGAGCCGCUGAAACCGUCAUGAUUGGCAGUUGGCAGUUGGUUGUAAGGUGUCGUUGCUUUGAGCGUGAGUGCGUUUUUGUAUGGUAUGGCAAUUGUGGAUGGCACGUAGCUAGGCUUAAGAUGGUCUGAUUGAGAUAUACACGUGGCAACACCUGGGUUUCGGUUUGAUUGCAGGGAGCUAGAGUCUGGAGAUAAUCAUGCCCGUCCGCUUUGCCGUAGUGAGG